CAAAUCUGUUGAAAAAAAUUCUGCUUUUAACCCACUUAUCCAUACAGAUAUUGAGCAAAACUGGCCCACAACUGCAUCGCAAUUUGCAUUUGUGUGAUUAAAGCUACUGAAUACAUGCAUGGAUGCACAUUAAUGUAGCCUAUACUUUGUGACAUGGCUAAACUAACUUUUGAAAUUAUCCUCGUGUUUUCCUUUUCUUUUCUUUUUUGUCUAAUUAUGUGGAUAAUUGAGUGAUGAACCCAUUGGUGCCAGGGCCCAAACUUUUGAAUCCACUAUGUAUGAUAUCAUGAGCGCUCGUUCAGAUUGUGCAUUAUAUAUAUAACACCAUGAGCAAGUAAGAACAUUGGCUUGAAACAAACAAAAAUAGAAGUAAAGAUGUCCUUAUCUGCAUCAAAAUAUUAAAGAACUCAAAAACAGUGGGCGCUGAGUUGCAUGUCUGUUUAAGAGUGUGGUCACUCUAUGAGUGCAGUUUGGCUGAGACAUUCAUACAUAAAUGUAAGUGAAUUUUAGGAGAGCCGCCUGCCCAUCAGCCCACGCACGCAGAGCCCCAUUGAUCCGCGUCCUUUUUCCAUUUCAUUCCCGUCCACCGGCCAAGCGAUGAGGCUGCCUAGAUGACUGCAAUCCGCCUUUAACCUAAUUGCUUUUCACCGACAUCAGCUGCUCGCAGCCGCCAUCCGACAUGAGCGGGGCAUUUCUUGCCUCUUUGGCUGCACUUGUGCUUGCGAGCGGCUGUUCUUCCAGCAGCGUCCCUUCGGUCCUGACGCCCUUCACCGACUGCAUCCGAAGCCGUGGGAGAGACGGCUUCUACGGGGGAGCCGUAGACGUCACCGAGUCCGGCACCCGGUGCAUGAACUGGACCGAUGUGGCCGGAUUCAAGGAGCGCCAUCCGGGCAAAGGGAUAGGGGAUCACAAUCACUGCCGCAAUCCCGACGCCAGGAUCCGACCCUGGUGCUUUUUCAGGAACCACAAAGGCAGAAUAGACUGGGGGUAUUGCGACUGUAAACAAGGCUCAGUGCGCCUGCAGGGAGGCCGCUCCAAGCUGGACGGCAGGGUGGAGGUGUACCUGGGAGGAGUUUGGAGAUCUGUGUGCGGCCAUGACUGGGGGGACGGAGACGCCGCGGUGGUGUGCAGACAGCUGGGCAACGGUAUGUCAGGUCAUGCCCGGGCAGUUCCUGUAUUUCACCCGGGCAUGGCCAAGCUCCAUUGGAUGGAGGUCCAUUGCCAGGGAGAAGAGCCAGAUCUGCUCCAUUGUCGUAAAACGACUUCUAAUGGAAAUACGUGUUCUGUGGCUGCAGCUGUCACCUGCACACAACAGCAAGCGGCCAUGACGCUUCCUAUUCGGCUGGUGGGAGGUCGCUCGGAGUCUGAAGGCACAGUUGAAGUUUUCCAUGCAGGGCAGUGGGGUUCCAUUUGUGAUGACCAAUGGGACGACAGUGAUGCGGAGGUGGUAUGUCGACAGCUAGGGCUGAGUGGUGUUGCUAGAGCGUGGGGCCAGGCACAUUUUGGCAAGAGCUCAGGCCACGUGUGGCUCGACGAGGUGCGGUGCACAGGCAACGAGCUCACUCUGGACCAGUGUCCCAAAAGCGCCUGGGGGGAGCAUAACUGUCUCCAUACUGAGGAUGCAGGAGUUUCCUGCAGCCGUCUUACAGACGGUACCAUCAGGUUAAUUGGGGGUGCUGCAGGUCAUGAAGGACGUGUAGAAAUCUUCUACAGGGGUCAGUGGGGGACAGUGUGUGACGACGGCUGGACAGACUCCAACACGCAAGUGGUGUGUCGACAGCUUGGUUACAGAGGAGGAGCAACUGUCCUUUCUGACGGUCCAGACAACAGUCCAGUGUCCCGCUUUGGGAUGGGGUCAGGUCCUAUUCUUGUGGAUGAUGUGAGCUGCACAGGAAAAGAACCCAGCCUUUUGUUGUGCAACAGGAGGGAAUGGCUCCGCCAUGACUGCACACACAGUGAAGAUGUCAACGUUGUGUGCCACCCUGACCGCAGUGGAGGCAUUCUUCCUACCAGUAUGCCGGUGAGGCUUGUGGGAGGAGAAAGCCCCAGGGAAGGUCGUGUUGAGCUCUACCUGUCUGGUCAGUGGGGGACUGUCUGUGAUGAUGGAUGGACUGAUCAUGACGCUGAAGUGGUGUGCCGGCAGCUGGGCUACAGUGGCAAUGCUAAGGCCCGUGUGAUGGCAUACUUUGGGGAAGGGACAGGUCCAAUCCAUGUGGACAAUGUGAAGUGCAAUGGUGGGGAGCAGUCGCUAGCAGACUGUGUCAAACAGACGCCCGGCACGCACAACUGCCGCCACAGUGAGGACGCCGGGGUCAUCUGUGACUAUGGUGAAACACAGCAAAGCUACAAAGAGGUCAAAGAUCCUGUCAGCUCCAUUUGUGGUCUGAGGCUCGUACACACUCGCCAGCGCCGAAUCAUUGGGGGAGAAAACUCUCUGAGGGGUGGCUGGCCAUGGCAAGCAGCUAUUCGUUUGCGUGGAUCUAAAGGAGACGGGAGGCUGGUGUGUGGCGCAACUCUCAUUGACACCUGUUGGGUUCUCACCUCUGCACACUGCUUCAAAAGGUAUGGAAACAGCACCAAGCAGUAUAAAGUAAGAGUGGGCGACUACCACUCCCUCGUCCCUGAGGAGUACGAAGAAGAGUUCGGUGUUGAGGAAAUUGUCUUCCAUCCAAGCUACCACUCCCACAGCAACGACUAUGACCUGGCGCUGGUCCACCUGUCACCGGGGGCAAUAGGCCAGACGCCAGGAGAGUGUGUGUCAUUCAGCCGUCACGUCCUUCCCGCCUGCCUGCCCAUGAGGAAAGAGAGAGUUCUCAAACAAGCCAGCAACUGUCACAUUACCGGCUGGGGUGAUACAGGUCGCUCAUACUCGAAGACCCUGCAGCAAGCCCCUCUGUCUCUCCUCCCCCGCCGCCACUGCCAUCAGUAUUUCCAGAGUGCCUUCACGAGCCGCAUGCUCUGCGCCGGCAGCAUCCAGCCAGAGAGGCGUGUGGACAGUUGCCGUGGCGACAGUGGAGGUCCAUUAGUGUGUGAACGUCCAGGGGGGGGUUGGGUGGUUUACGGGGUCACAUCCUGGGGUCAUGCCUGCAGGACACAACAGUCUCCUGGUGUUUACACCAAAGUUUCUGCUUUCAGCUCUUGGAUACGCAAAGUAAUCGGACGUAAUGAGAAAAAGCGAUGACCAGUGACUGAAGCUGAAACAACUGACCACUCAAGGACAGUAAAUGACUCUCGGGACUCUAUGAUUCAGAUGACAACCAAUGCAGCACUGUAUCUCAGUCAUAAAUAUACGAUGUCACAACAAGACGUGAUUAGAAGGUGAUGCAGCUAUUAAUCUGGCUUUCAGACGGAAAGGCUAGAAGGACAAAGACAAAAAUUAUCAUCUAAAUUCUUUUUAUUUCAUUUUUUUGGAAAGUCUCUGCAUUUACUCAAAUCCUCAGCACUUAGAAGCUGCAUAUAUGACAGUAUAUAAAAUCCAUAGCUUAACUAUCUAUUUUUUAUUUUAACAUUGCUUUAUAGAUAUUUUUUUAAAUGUUUUCUGUGCUUGCUUUUGUUUUCAUCUAAAUUUUAUUUAUAAUAUGGAAUGCGAUAUUGAAAAGGGACCAAACACAUGGAGGACAGUUGGUGCAUGCACUCAUGCAUUGGGAGUAAUCAAUUGCAUGACUGAAUUUGCAUACUUGCACUAAAACCCCCUCUUUGGUACUUUUACUGCAUGAUAUUCAAUGCCUCUGUGUUAGACAUGGUAGUCAUAUUGACAUUAGCUGAAGUGACAUUGUCUCUAAAACUCAUUUCGUUCUUGUUUACGAGCAUUUCCUUUGUUUUACUUUGUGCUGAGAGCAGGUUUCAGGUCUUAAUAAUUCUCAGGCUUUUUUACUUGAUAUAGCAAAUAUAAGUUCUUCACAGUGUGUGGAGUGAUGUUUGCAAAGAAAAAAGUUUAAUUGGAGCACAAAACAGUAUUUUCGAGUACUUGAUCAUUGUCGGGUAAUUCAGAGUUAUCAUGCUUUUGAUAACAAGUAAUGACACUUGAAGACUAAGGAACACAAUACUUCAUUCUCAUUUGUUGUUUGUUUUGAGUUAUGUUAUAACUAUAAAGUUCCCUUAUAUAUAAAAAUAAUUUGUAUUAAGUCAAAGUCUGUGUUGUUUUUAUUCAGGACACUUACAAUCUUUGAUACAUAAUGGCAUUAAUUGUUUGUGGUUACUGUAUGUAUUGGGAAUUUUGUUUCUCAUUUCGUCAAAUAUCAUUAGGUACCAUCUCCUGGAGCUGCAUAACUUUUUUUUUUUUCCCCUUUUUGUCUGACCACAAGCUGUCAAACAGAGCACUCCCAUGUAAGAAAGUGUGUAAGCAAAUACCUACGCACAGCUUAUGUCGCACAGUGCAGACAGGAAUUUACAUGGCAAACAAAGUUGGACCAACUGUCAGAGAGAAAACCUGAAUGACGGCUUUAUGUAGACCUGGAAAUAUAGAUGCAUUUUGCAUAGCUGUUACUGCUAUUGUACUUCAAUUCUUUAUGUACUUCAAAUGGAUGUGAAAACAUUUUAAAUGUUAUAAUUUGACAUGAAUAUUAAACUUAUCUGUUACACACUGUUUUAAAUUGAAGGUCUGGUCCCACAAACCAAAGGCUAUCUGGUCAUUUCCUUGACAGAAAUUAGACUGCAAAGUGGUUUUCAUUGUAUUAUUAACUUAAAAAAUAACUCAACUUAAUGCUACUAAAUAAACAGAGCAUAUGUUAUCUUUUUAAAAGUGCAAACAUACAGAAUAAAGUAAA